AUGGAGGUUUUGGAUGGUUAUAACGAGUCUUGCGUGACCUCUCUCCUUACCGCCAUCGAAGGGACAGUUACGGCUACGGCUCUGCCGAGCAUAGCCCGCAAUUUGGAUUCUAGGGAGCUAUAUGUGUGGUUUGUGAACGCCAUAUUUCUGUCCAGCGCAGUAGUGCAGCCGCUCUUCGGGCAGCUAGCCGACGUAUUCGGCCGAAGAUGGCCCUGCAUAUUCUCCGUCGCCGUUUUCGCACUCGGUAGCGGUAUCGCAGGCGGAUCCAAUUCGGCGAGCAUGCUCAUCGGCGGACGAACCCUGCAGGGGAUCGGCCUCGGCGAUGUGAACAUGCUCAUAGACAUUAUCGUCUGCGAUCUUGUUCCACAAAGAAAGCGUGGAAAUAUCAUGGGAGUAAUCUUCGCUGUUUUCGCUGCCGGAUCAUCCCUUGGCCCGUUUAUUGGUGGAAUACUGGUCGAUCAUUCUUCCUGGCGUUGGGUCUUCUAUCUCGGGCUACCUGUCUCUGGGGUUGCGCUGCUCUUGCUUAUUCUUUUUCUCCAAGUGAAUUACGAGAAAGAGGCAACUAUGAUGACAAAGCUAAAGCGUCUGGAUUAUAUCGGGAACGCCAUCCUCGUAACCUCAAUGGUUUCUAUCCUGAUCGCGCUGACCUACGGAGGCACUCUACGAUCAUGGUCAUCCUGGCGAACCAUCCUUCCUUUGGUCCUAGGUCUUUUUGGCAUGAAAGAGCCCGUUAUGCCUCCAAGGUUAUUUAAGAACCGAACUUCGGCGAUCGCAUUUGUCUUGGUCUUCCUGCACGGCAUGAUUCUCUACUGGGUUACCUACUUUCUUCCAGUGUUCUUUCAGAGUAUACUGCUGAGUAGCCCCACCCGGUCCGGAGUGCAAUUUUUACCUACAGCCAUUGUGGUUAUACCCUUCGCUGUCAUCGCUGGUGGCCUUGUUACCUCAACCGGUCGGUAUAAGCCUUUGUGUAUUAUCGGAUUUAGCCUACAAAGUCUAAGCGUCGGGCUUUUCACCACCCUCAACUCUUCCUCCUCUACCGCGAAAUGGGCCAUCUUUCAAAUCAUUAGUGCCGCUGGAAUUGGCCUCGUGACUACAUCUAUCCUUCCUGCGGUUCAGGUGGGGCUUCCUGAAAGCGAUAUUGCGCCAUCAACCGCGACUUGGGGCUUCCUCCGCAGCCUUGGGUCUAUAUGGGGCGUCCCCAUACCUGCUACGGUCUUCAAUAACCAGUUCGAACGCUCGUCCGGACAGGUCAGCGAUGUUGACGUGCAGAAUAUGCUCCACAACGGAUUCGCUUACGAAAAAGCGCGCGUCUGGCAGAUAUCUACCAUAUUCGCCUGUUUCGGAUUCGUCGCUGCGUGGGGUAUGAGAGAGUCGAAGUUGAAGAAGUCUCUGGAAACGGAAUUUGGUAUGAAGAAGGACGAGAAGUAA